AUGGGGAUGAGGGCUGCUGAUGAGCCCCGAGUAAUUCACUUGGCCGGCCGGCGGGCCGGCGUCUCCGCUCUCAACGACUCCUCGUCGGCCAGCGGAGGCCGGCGCCGUCUCACGCUGCUGCGCCAGCAGGACCGGGCAGGGCUCGCGAUUGCGUCUCAUCAUGCGGCCGCAGAAGCGCCAGCGGCGGACCCGGAGCCACCGGACGUGGUGGGCGGCGUCCGGGGCACAGUGCUGGAGCGGCACGGCUACACCGUGGGCAGGAGCAUCGGCUCUGGCUCCUACGCCACCGUCAAGAUCGCCCACUCUGACAGGCAUGAUCGUGAAGUCGCCAUAAAAAUUGUAUCCAAGUUCCGCGCGCCGAAGGAUUAUCUGAGAAAGUUUCUGCCGAGAGAAAUAGAAGUUGUCAAAGGGCUCAGACACAAAAAUCUCAUCCGCUUCUACCAAGCUAUCGAAACAACUCACAGGGUGUACAUCGUGAUGGAGUACGCGCCGAACGGCAGCCUGCUGGAGGUGAUCCGCAGGGAGAGCUACAUCAAGGAGCCGCGGGCGCGCGUCUGGUUCCGACAGCUGGUCGACGCGGUCGAGUACUGCCACAACCAGGGAGUCGUGCACAGGGACAUCAAGUGCGAGAACCUGCUGCUGGAUGAGGAGAUGAACGUCCGCCUGUCGGACUUUGGCUUCGCGCGCGGCCGCAUGAAGGCGCGCGACCGCCAGCCGCCGCCCAUGAGCGAGACCUUCUGCGGCAGCUACGCCUACGCCGCCCCCGAGAUCCUGCGCGGCACGCCCUACCGCCCCCAGCUGUCCGACAUCUGGUCCAUGGGCGUCGUGCUCUACGCCAUGAUCUUCGGCCGCCUGCCCUUCGACGACUCCAACUACACGCAGCUGCUCAAGCAAGUGCAGAGCAAGGUGAUGUUCCCGCGGCAGCCGCGGGCGUCGGCGGCGGUGCGGUCGCUCAUCACGCGCAUCUUGUCGCCCGCCAGGACGCGCCUGCGCAUCCCGGACAUCCGCACAGACGUCUGGAUGGCCCCCGGAACGGACGACGCGGCCGCCCAGCAGGGUUUGAUGUCUUUGUCAGAUCAGUCUGCUAAGUUACUAAUCGAUCUAGAGAAAACUUCUUAUACUGCAGAGUGGUGCAAGGUGUCUGAAAUCGCCGGAAAACAGGUGCACACGUGA